CAUCGCUCUUGUCGUCGUACUCGGGUUCCAACUUUCUAGAGAGUUCUGCAGUGCCUCGGAAUCUCGCGUGUGGCGACGUCUCAAAAGCAUCCUAAGUAGUCUGGCUGUUCUUGUCUGCACCAUCAUAGCCCAUCCUUUAUCCUCCUGUCUACCACGAAACUGUCAAUAAAAUACUCUCGUCAUGCCUUUGAACUACUCGAAGUGGGAUCAGCUUGAGCUCUCAGACGACUCGGAUAUCGAAGGACAUCCGAACGUAGACAAGAAAUCACUCAUCCGAUGGAAACAGCGCGACAUCCAUGAGAAACGCGAAGCACGCAACCACCGCAUCACCGAAAUCGACGCUGAAAUCUCCUGCAACAACGUCCUCCUCGCCCGUCUCAGUGCUCUCAAAACCGAAAUCUCACAAUCCGCCGGUACUAGCGGUGCAUCCCGCUUCUCGUCCGAGGUCGAGCGGCUCAGGACGAAUCCCUCGCCCGAUGCGCCACCCACUAAUGCGCCGAACCAGGUCACGUACGAUGCGAUGUUGUUACAGCUGUUGGAGCCUUUAGCAGUGGAGGCGAGGGAGAAGGCUGCGGGAGAUCAAGAUAAGCUGGUAGCGCUGUUGGAGGAGAAUUUGGCUUUCCAUGUGACGAAGCUGGGAGAGGUGACGGAGGAGAAGAGGAAGGAGAUGGAGGAGUUGUUGAAAGAGAAGGCUAAGCAUAUUACGGCGGAGGAUAUCCAUGAAGGAUGGGAGUCAAAGUACACGCCGACGCCAUCGACUUCCGCACCCGAAAAGUCUACCUCAACAUCGACAUCAAAGUCCAUCGAAGUUCUCAACCCCGGCAGCAGCUCCUCACAACCCCCCGCCAAAUCGAUCUCUAACUCCGAAGAUCUCGACGACCUCCCCGAGAUGACACCGUCCCUCGAAGGCUUCGCAAAAAUUCCACUCUGGGAUUUCGAAGCGUCUCAAGCUUACAUCCAGAACCAUCGCGAUGUCGUCGUCCCAGGGUCUUCCGACGCGUUGCUCGUAGCAGCUUUCACAGCACAGACGGAGGGCAAGUCUAAGUACGCGAAACAAUGCGUGCAUCAGAGUCUGUUGUUGCAGUACGGCGAUAAGUUGGGCAAGGACGGACUGCGGCUUUUCUUUAAACGGAUGAUCGAAGGCGGUCAAAAAGCCCACGCCAUCUUCCGUAAAGACGUCGACGACACCUUCGCCCACAUCGUCCGCCGCGUCGAGGCCCAAAAGCUCGAAUCCCCUGCCGUCCCCUCCGAGACCGAGCAAAUCCAACUCGUCGCCGAAAACCCAGAGACGACGAUAUCGUUCAACGUACCCGACGGGCCCCCGCCGGAGAACAUCCAGCUCGAGGGCCCGGGGACGGAGGAUCUGGAUGUGGAGGAGGUGAAGAAGGCGUUGCAGUUGAGGUGGGAUCUUUUCCAGGGGUUGAGUGCGGAGUUGCAGGAGGCGUUGAAGACGGGGGAGUUGGCGGAGGUGAAUAAGGUGCUUGGGAAUAUGGGCGUUGCGCAGGCAGAGCAGGAGGUGAAGAUGAUGGAUAUGGGGGGUAUUUUGAAUUUCGCAGGGGAGGGGAUCAGGGAUAUGACGGGUGAAGCAGAGGGCGAUGAUGAGGACGAGGAUGAAGAGGAGGCAGUGGAGGAUGCACAAGAGGGCGAGGAGGUGAAGGCUGCGGCGUGAAAUGGUAUAGUGACUCUUCGUGGAAUUUGGAUGGACGUAAGUAGUAUUACCGUGUAUCCCAUAUACUGUGAUAAUAUUGAUCCCUUGUUGUAUGUGCUGACGGCGACGGUUCACCUGGGACUGUAUGAACGAGAUCUCUUUUUGCUUCCUGCUCAUUGUGCAAAAUGUAUUUAUGGUAUCAGAUGUUGUAGAUCUCACUGCAGUUGGACUGGCUGAUGUUUAUACACAACAUGGAAAC